UCAUUUAGAAAAAGAUAAAUCUAAAAAUAAGUCUAAUAAUUUUAGACUUGCAAGAAAUAAUGAAUAAAAUCGGAAUAUAUCGUUUCGGUACCAAACAACUGAAAAUAAAAUCUAAAAAUAAAAUCUAAAGUCCAAUAAUGUCAGACUCGCGAGAGAACGAAGGAUUUUAAUCGAAUCCCUUUUCUCGUAUUAAUUAUGGUUACAGUACGCGAAAUAUUCACGUUUUAAAUUAUUUUUCAUAUUAUGGGCAACUGAGACAGGUGUGUGUGUGUGUGUGUACAGUUUUCGUGUCGUCGAGGCGGUGAACACGACGCGGUCGUAAGAUGAACAAACUCGAGGGAUCGCCAAGUCCCCUCGGUGCCACUUGGCAGGGGCAAAUUAGCAAUAACAAGCAGGUAUCUAUAAACAUUGCGUGCGCGUGUAAGUACGCUACUGUGCUGCCUGUGUCUCACCGGUUGGACCGGUCCUAAUGGGAUUUCUAAAAGGAGACGCGUGACGUACGCUUUAUCAUACGGUUGUGCCUCGCAGUUCGAUCGACAAUCGAUCGAAACUGUAGUCUUCCAGAGGUGGACGUGGCGGUACAUGGACCCAGAGACGGUGUUGGCAGCGUUCCUGGGUCGAGCGUGUACCAGUCUGUGCAGAACAGCCUGAAUCAAGGCUCGCAACAGACGUUGUACCAGAGCGUACGCAACACCCUGUACGAGGACGCUAUCAGUGCAAACAGCAUGAGCAGCGCUGUAUCCAUGGACAAUCUUUGCCCUACGCAUACGGAUGACUCGUCCACUCUGAAUAACGACACAAACGAAACAGUCGUAGACGAAAGUAAUGUAGACAAUGUGAAAAACAACAUACACGACACAAAAUUGAUUUCUCAUUCUGGUACGAGAUAUAGUUUAUAUUUUCAUGAUGAAAUACGCUCGGUUGACUUUGUACUCGUGUGGGAUGAUCAUAAUGGAGAGGCACAGACCUAUCGCAGUACCGAACGCAGAAGAAUAUUUGAGAAGAAUCUGGAAAAAGAAGGAUUACAAUUGGAGUACGAACCAGUGGAAUCAAACGGCUUACAUUUUAUAAAGAUUCACGCGCCUAAGCAAGUCUUGCGACGAUAUGCCGAAAUAUUGAAACUCAGACUACCAAUGAGAGAUCUGCCUGGUUGUCAAAUGCCUGAGACGAGCAGCAAUAUUAUCAUCAAGGAAGUUAAUUCGUUGUUUCGACGGGUCAUGAGCAAAUAUUAUGUUGAUACGACUAUUUUUCCGACGAUGAAGCAGAACUUUACAGCAGUGUAUAGUAGAGACAAGGAUUAUUUGUUUGAUUUGGAUUCGCCAAAUUUUUUUACAUCAGCAACUCGAUCGCGCAUCGUACAAUUUAUAUUGGACAGAACUAGAUUUACGGACACCAAGGAAGACGAUUUCGCGUUUGGUAUCGAAAGAUUGAUAUCCGAACAUGCAUACGUUGCGACAUAUCCGCUGCACGAUGGAAACCUACAUACUCCAGAUUCAAUGCGAUAUCUCUUAUACACCGAAUGGGCCAGUUUGAGAAAAUGCCUUCAUUAUCAACCCUUGGAUUAUAUUAAAGAGUACUUUGGAGUGAAGAUUGGACUUUAUUUCGCUUGGCUGGGAUUUUACACUCAGAUGCUGAUCCCAGCCAGUAUCGUCGGUCUCUUGUGCUUCAUGUACAGUUGCGCUACAUUGUACUAUAACGAACCGAGCGAAGACAUUUGCCGCGGUAAUGACACUAUCGCGAUGUGUCCAUUGUGUGAUCAUUUUUGUAAAUAUUGGGAUUUAAAAGAGACAUGUUUACACUCGAGAAUUACAUACUUGUUUGAUAAUCCAUCGACGGUGUUUUUCUCUAUAUGUAUGUCAUUAUGGGCUACAUUGUUCCUUGAACUAUGGAAGAAGUAUUCUGCCGAAAUAACCCAUAGAUGGGAUUUGACUGGUUUAGAUGCUCAAGAAGAACAUCCUAGGCCACAGUACUUAGCACGUGUUGCACAUAUUAAAAAGAAAUCUGUUAAUAUUAUUACAAAUACGGAGGAACCAAAAGUGCCAUAUUGGAAGAUGAGAUUGCCAGCUACAAUUCUCAGUUUUUCAGUUGUCCUACUUUUGAUAGUUGUAGCUAUGGCCGCUGUACUUGGUGUAGUCUUGUACAGAAUGUCUGUAUUAACUGCAUUAAGCGUUUCAGGACACCCAAUGGUAACCAGCUACGCUAUAUUGUUCACUACCGCUACUGCAGCAUGCAUUAAUCUCUGCUGCAUCAUUUUGUUCAAUUGGCUCUAUACUUGGGUUGCAGAAUAUUUAACAGAGAUUGAAUUACUUCGUACUCAGACCGAGUUUGACGACAGCUUGACUCUAAAAAUUUAUUUACUAGAAUUUGUAAAUUAUUAUGCGUCUAUAUUUUAUAUAGCGUUUUUCAAAGGGAAAUUCACUGGCUAUCCAGGAAAUUAUAAUCGUUUUAUGGGAUCUCGACAAGAAGAGUGCGGACCAGGUGGUUGUCUCUUGGAAUUAUGCAUCCAACUAAGCAUUAUUAUGAUCGGCAAACAAGCUAUGAAUACUAUUCUGGAAAUGCUUUUUCCAUUAUUUUACAAGUGGCUGAACACCUUGAAAGUUCACGUAGGCUCAAAAAAAGUGAAGGAAGAUCCUAGUAAAAGAUAUUCAUCUAGAAAAUAUUUACAAUGGGUUAGAGAUUAUAAAUUGGUCCAAUGGGGACCUAGAAGUCUUUUUCCCGAAUAUUUAGAAAUGGUGCUACAAUAUGGAUUUGUCACGAUUUUUGUCGCUGCGUUUCCAUUAGCGCCAUUUUUUGCGUUAUUAAAUAACGUUUUUGAAAUGAGAUUGGAUGCAAAAAAAUUAUUGACUAUGUACAGGAGGCCAGUUGGACAGCGUGUCAGAGACAUAGGUAUAUGGUAUCGCAUACUCGACUCUAUUUCCAAAAUAUCUGUUAUCACAAAUGCAUUCAUCAUUGCUUUUACCUCGAACUUUAUACCACGGCUAGUUUAUCGUAUAACAAUUUCUGAGAAUUAUUCAUUAAAAGGUUUUCUGGAUCAUUCUCUAGCAAGGUUCGAUACUAACGAUCUGGCAAAUGGAACACGGCCAAAUAUGACAUUGAAUGAUGCCCUGAUUGAGAUAUGUCGCUAUCCAGAUUAUAGAGAGCCACCUGACUCACCAAAUAAAUACGAAUACAACAUCAUGUUCUGGCAUAUACUAGCGGCUAGAUUAGCUUUUAUCGUUGUUUUUGAGAAUGUCGUGGCACUCGUGAUGAUACUCAUACGGUGGUGCAUUCCUGAUAUGAGUUCAAAGUUACACAAUAGAAUACGUCGCGAAGCGUACAUUACCAAUGAAAUUAUUAUACAUCAAGAGGCAUUACGAGCUUCCGAAAGGUCCGAGACGGAUAAUAUAGAGCCGAAAAUAGCAAAAACGUACGUGGUUGCCAACGAAAGUGCCGAGAGAUGGAACAGAGUCAUGGGAAAUUGUUUGACGACUUCGGAUUUCGAUCUGGAAGUCCAUGGAAGUCCUAUCUCGCCUGUCAACACAACUCCACGCAUCAAUCCUGCUGUAAUCUGACAGAUACCAAGGAUACCAAUCAAAUGCGGGAUUCGCAAAUAGCGUAGGUUUUUAAAACUUAUUAAGUUGGUGUAAAAAGUUUAUCUAUGCUGACGAAUAAAAGUAAUUAAAAUUUAAAAAAUUGUUUUUAUAAUAUAAAGAUGAUUAUAAAAAGGACUCAACGUUGUAAGAAAUACAUUAGAAAAUUAUUUCAUAUAACUUAUAAUGUAACUAUCUUAGUUAGUUCCAAAAACCAAAAAUGUAAAUAAUGAAACGGUAAACUUUUUGCACUACUUCAAUAAAAUCGUGAUUUUUCGCUAGUCGUGGCAUAGACUUGGUCUGAAGAUCUGAUGAGAAAAGGAUAUUAUUUUUGAAAGUAUAUGUAUACAUUGAAAGUAUAUUUUUAAUCCAAUGAUCACCAUUCUAAUUACCUCUUAUCUAAUUGUAAUAGAUGCCAUAUAAAACAUAUAUUUUUAUAACAAAUAAGAAUCUUAAAAACAAAUUUUAUAAACUUAAAUAACACACGUUAACUGCCGUAGUGAUCAUCCGUGAUUAGCAUUUGACUUUUUAGUACCGCUCUUGUGAUCACUACUAAUAUCAUUCAAAAUUUUUUAAAACGUAAAUAAUGUUUAAUAUAAAACUGCGAAUGACAUAAAUAACUAGAUGACAAUGUAAAGCAAAAAGAAUCGAAUCGCACGCUCCACCCAUAAGAAUAUAGUCUUGAUUAUAUUGUAUAAUUACAUAUAUACUUUAUUGUUAUUAUGUUUGUGGUAAAAAAUCUAUAAGAAAUAUAAAGCUCAUUAGGUACAUGUUAACUAAAUGGAAAUGUUAAAGUACUUAUAUCGAUCAUUGGAAUAAAUUUUUUAAACAAUAUUACAAAAAAUGGAAUAUAUAUAUAUAUAUAUACAUUUUAUUGUUAUUUAUCUGGGAUAUUGAGCAUAUUAACUAUCACAAAUGAUUUUAUUGUCAUUAUCAACAUUUGUGAAUUAUACAUUUUUACUACAAGUUUUUAUUAUUUUUGUAAUGUUGAAAUGAAAUAGUUAUAUAAAAUAUAGAAAUAUGCGUUAUGAUCUUUAUUGUACCCAAUGAUUUUUCGAUAGAAAUUGAAUCGGUGAUAUUGUCAUUUAAUUAUCACUUGUAUACAUGUGGUUAAUAAUACAGCACAAGCAAGUUAAUAAAUUCCAUAAAUGCCUGCCAGUAUUAUGAUCUCUAACUAUAAAUUUUAUAUACGCACAGAAAUUAUAUUAAUCAACAAUUUGAGAAUUAAAAAAUGUAUUUUUAAAAAUGCAUUAGUUGUCAAUCGAUUGAAAAUUAUUAUAAAUUUCAGAUAAAGCAUUGGGCACAAUGUUAGGAGACAUUUUAAUGUAUAAUGGAUAGCAACUAAAUUGUGUAUUUUAUUAUUAAAUUAUAUUUAUACGUUAUAUAUUAUCUAAAUGUUGUAAAAAAUAUGAAUUUUUCUCAGAAAAAUUAUACAGAGUGUUCCAUUUAAAAAAUAUACUUAAAUGUUUUAGAACUUGUUUCAGAAAGUGUUCUAAAAAAAGUUAUAUGAUCUGAAAAAUUUUACUUGGUAGUCUAUGAUUCUUGUAACAUUUUUUUCAUGUUUAUAUUUAAUUUAAUAUUAAUAUUUUUAAAUUAAUUAAAUUAAAGUUUAUAGAUAUUUUUUUAAUGGUACACUAUGUAAAAUAUAUGGGAUACUUCGAGAAGAAUCUCAGACAUUUAAAUAAUUAUUAGAGCACUGCUGUGAGAUAUUCGCAAAUAUUAUUAUAUUCCUAUGAUCUUUAAACAAAUAAUUGUUCCUUCUUUCAAUGUUUUAUUAUUAUGUAAUAGCAGUGGCGUAGCUAGCCAGAAGAGACUGGGGAAUUGAACCUCCUCCAAGAUUUCAAGUUAAUGACUAAAUUAUUAUUUGCUGGAAAUCUAAUUUAUAUUUUCGACAACAUAUUUGAAAAUCAAAAGCCUAAAACAGUAUAAAUGACGUAUAAACUACUAUAAUUUAUGUAACAGUCUAGCUACGCUCCUGUAUAAUAAGAUAUACAUCUCAUUUAUAAUCUAUUGUAUAAAUAUUUCAAAUAAAAGAAGAAAAAAUAAUUGAA